AUGUUUUACAGCGCGGGUAUCAUCACUUCUAUUCUCCCUCUCAUCGCAGCGCGCGUGAUUGAGGACGCCUCUUUGGCGGGUCGGACAACUUAUCCAUUCAACAACCUUAUAGCCUACGGCGAUGAACUGAGUGAUAACGGCAACGGCUCUUUUGCGCACGGCAUCACCGGCGAUCCAGCCAAUGUGUACGGCUUCGGAACAUGGACUAACGGCCCGGUCGCCGUGUCCUAUCUCUCCGACCUACUCCGGGUUCCGCUGACAGACUAUGCAUUCGGCGGGUGCUGCGGUGGAGGCGAUUUUGGGGCGACCUUUGACAAUGCCUACACCAAGUCGAAGGCUGGGGCGACAGACAUGAUUGGACAGGUUGCUAACUACACCGGUCGUGGCGCCCCGGGUAUUCGCUCCUCUCUGCAGUUCCUCUGGUUCGGCGAGAACGACCUCAGCAUGCAUACUGACGCGUUUUGGUUAGGCGAUCCAAAGAACGCGCAGUUUGCAACCGACGCGGCAGUCAAGAUCACCGCGCAGGUUCAGAACCUCAUUGAUAAGGGAGCACCGUACGUUAUGGUCGCCAAUAUCUACCCCAAGCAUCUCGCCCCGGUGACGCCCAAGUACCUCUGCGGUACCAACGCCGACUGCGUCAAGACCUGGGGCCAGGUAAUUCAGCAAGCAAAUUCGGCUAUCCAGAAGAGCCUCGGCCAGUUUGGCAAGAAAGUCAUCUACUAUGAUGCAUUCAGCUUCAUGAUUCAGAUAUUGGCCAACCCCAAGGCAUAUGGCUUCCCAAAGCCUCUCAACCUCUUUUGUGACGGAGACGAGACGGCUCAGUGGACGGAUUGCAUGAUUGACGGGCACGCCAAUGAGUACUUCUGGAUGAACUUCAUUCAACCAACGACUGCUGGACACAAGUUGAUUGCUCAGGAUAUGAAGAAGACCAUCGAUACGCACUUCGCCUGA